UGUUUUAAUUCGAACUGAUCAUUUCACUAUUCGUAGCAGAACCACAGCCAUGCCUGCGCACGGCCUUUGGUCACUGUUUUUAUUCUCAAGCUCAGUACUAUUGGUUGUCGCAGGUAGGAACAAGACAAACGCGCCAGGAGAAUGGCGAAGGACUAGCCCUUGGACGUUUAUGAGAUCAAAAGACAUAUACUUGAACUUAACGACACUCAAAUGGCCACAUAUCAAGUGCAUCCGAGCGAAACCCACGUUGGAGAACAAGACUGCUCAAACUCUGUCACAAGAUAUCUUUAUCAAGGUGGUGAUUGCAGGAAACAUCACUUGGCAUCAUAUGACGGCGUCAUACACACCACUCUUUGAUCAAAUUUCUAAUAUUACAAGACGUGCAAGGAAGUUCACAUCUGUUGACGAUGAUGCCCAGGCUGUUACCAACUACACGUUUCGUCAUGUGAUUAAGGACUGCGCAAUUGUUUUUAAGGAAAAAGAAAAGAACAAAACAGGUGUAGUUUCAAGCUGGGAGCUAUGGGUAAACAAUCGCUUCAACACCAGCUCUGAAGCUUGUAAGAAACAAUACCUCAAGGUGUGCGAAUGCGACCAACCCAUGCAAUUCAACAUGAGUGACUGCAAAAGACAACCUCACAAUCAGGAAUCUCUUUGAUGACAAUAAAUCUCUAAAAAAGGUAUUGAACAUAAGAAAAAUGA